GCUAAUGAACAUCAUUAAAAUACUUUAAAAUGCAUACUAAAUUGAUGGCUUUGUGUGUUCAAAUAAGAUUUGUUUCACCCUAUCAAAUCGCAACAGUUCGCUCCGUUGUGUGCUUACAAUAUAAAAAGUGGGAACUAAUGUUAUUCGCGAUGUGUCAAGUUGCACUGGAGCAAAAAAUAAAUAAAAAUCCGCUCGCACAAUAUAUUCUGUACAUUUCCGAUAUUAAUACAAAUGUUUUGAAGCAAUAUGAAAUGUCCAGUAGUGUGGUAAAUAUUGAUCAACAACCACACUUUUUUUUAAUAAGAAAAAUGGCACUCUUCAGUAUUGCACUAUAUAAAAACAGUAAUAGCAUAAUUACAAACAGGCACAUUUGAUGAUAAAAUACAGAAGACCAUCGCAUCUAGCCAAAGAUGUAGUAAUAGUCGUACUACGCAGAAGAUAAAGAAUAUGCCAGUGAGUCAUGUUAUAUUGUCGAGUCAUGUGUUCCGACUCUUUGUGUGAAAAUAAUAUUUUUGAAGAAUUGUUCACGACAUGCUAAACUUCUGUUUGUUGUAAACUUCGCAACCACUUUGAGGUUCUGAGGCACCAAUGUAUUAUUGUCCUCACAGGUCUCGCUUGAUAUUGACUGGAUGUAAGACCCUUCCAAAGAUAUUUCUGUUGCAAAGCUUCAGAAGCGUUUGGACCAGGUCCAUCCUUCAAAUCGCAUCCUGUAAUUUCUGCUUCAUCCUCUCCCGCUAUCGUUCCUCAUUCCGCCCCAGCCCAAUGGAGCUAAAGGACGUUCUGAAGGUUUUGGAGGAUCUCUCGCCCCUGUCGUUGGCUGAGCCAUGGGACAACGUGGGCCUCUUGUUGGAGCCAAGCGAGCCGCGGCCCGUCAAAACCAUCCUGCUGACCAACGAUCUCACAGAGCCAGUCAUGGAGGAAGCCCGGGCCGAAGGCUGCGAUCUCAUCAUCUCCUACCAUCCUCCGCUCUUUCGCCCAAUCAAACGUCUGGUGCAGAAAGACUGGAAGCAGCGAUUGGCUAUCAGAGCCGUGGAGGCCAGCAUUGCGGUCUUCUCGCCUCACACGUCUUGGGACAACGUUGGUGGAGGAGUCAACGACUGGCUGGUUGGAGGACUUGGUGGCGGUCAGGUGUCUGUACUGACUCAGGCCUAUGUGGACUUGCCUUUCAGUCACAUAGUGGAAUUCCAAUGCAAAAAUGACAUAUUGGAUGUUCUCUUGCGUGAACUGAAGGCUUUUGAAGGAGUGCUCGUACAGGACCCUCUCAGCUGUGACGCCACCAAGACUCAAGUCAGCCUACACUGCAGUGGUUCCGCAUUGGCUCCGGUGGUUGAUAAAGUGACGCAAUACAUCGUCGCCGUCGACAGGUCCCUCCGUAUUCUUAAGGCAGAAAAGCCUCCUCGGCUAGGCCACGGUCAGGGGCGACGCAGUGUUUUGGAUGAGCCGGUAACCGUGGCAACGGCCGUGAAAAAAAUGAAGUCCCACUUGGGCUUGAGCCACCUACGUUUGGCCCUCGGACAGGGACGCACGCAAGAAUCCUUUGUGCGGACUGUGGCUGCAUGUGCGGGAUCGGGAGCCUCGGUGCUGAGCGGCGUCCAAGCAGACCUCUACGUCACCGGUGAGAUGUCUCACCAUGAGGUGCUGGAUGCCGUUGCCAGGGGAACCAGCGUCAUCCUCAGUGACCACAGCAACAGCGAGCGCGGCUAUCUGUCUGUGUUCCGCCAGAAACUAACUGAAAGGGUUCCUGCCGAUGUCGUCGUGAUGGUCUCCAAGGCUGACAGGGACCCCUUGGAGGUUGUGUGAUGAGUAGAAUUCCUGUGAACCCCAACCCUGGCCAGAAUAGCCAAAUUCCUCCCAUAAAUUACACCCGCCCUAAAAAGGACUUUGUAAUGGAAUAUAGAUUCCACAAGAUGGCGGCAAAGUUCUUUGGAACCGGAUUGCACCAAAGCAGUGUCAGCGCAGUUUCUUGCCACCUAAGAUGUAAUAGAAUGACGCCAAAGCACUAUUGUUGUCAAAAUCAAGCAACUCAAUACCUGCCAACACUGAUUCUUGGCUCCAAAUGCCACAAAACGGCAUCAAAGUAAUGCUAAUGUUGCUGAAAUUUCAGAUUUCUCGAGGCAACCUUGUUGCCUAUCAGUUUUUGUGCUUUUUAAAACACCUGCCAAGGAACUACGCAGAAGUGAGGAAGGAGUUUUAUUAAAUCAGUGCUGUUUAUGCACCAUCGAGGUCUUAUCAAAGCCCCAUCUAAGACAAAAAGGAGCACCAACUUGGUUGCAAGGAACUAUAUUGACAUGAGAGGAGGAGCUUCUGUCAGUGUUUUGGGCUUGUAGGACUUGAUCCAUGUUUGCAAAGGGUUGCUGUCAUGAAAUGUAUUGCACAAAACAAUGAUUUGCGUGCACUGAGGGUUGUUUGUAUGGCUUAUUUCUGCAAGCUUUUCGUCCUGAUAAUCACUCGCGUCAUGUCCAUCGCGGGGGUAUUUUUUAAUUUAAUGUGCUUCGUGCAUGCAAGUUCAAAUAAAUUUGGGGGAAUCUGUCAUCAA